AUGCUGGUCUCAUCUUCUCAGCGCUUCCUGGUCCUGGCCUUCGUUGUUCGUCUCUGCGGAGCCGGUCCAACGCCUCAGCUGCAAUGGGAUCCAGACACAAUCUCCAGCUGUAUGGAAUGGUUCGACAAUGCCGGCGAAGACACUUGUGAAUAUAUCAGGGACAUGUUCAAAAUCAGCCCAGAGGACUUCCACACAUGGAAUCCAUCUGUCGGCUUAGACUGCAAGCCUUGGAAUUUUCAGUCAUAUUGUAUCCUGACCAAGGAGAGAUGGGCCUCUUUUACAAGCACCAAAAGUGUUUCCAUGUCAAAAACUACCUCCCCCUCCACCUCCACGAGUGUGUCUACUCACGUUCCUUCUCCGACGGCUUGGGAAGCUCUGGGCUGCUACACUGAUGAUGUCCCAGAUUUGCCAGUCCUAGAGUAUAAAUACUCCAAGGAUGGUGGCGAUCCGGCUCUCAAAAUCUCAAGCUGCCAGUCGACAUGCUGGGCCGCCUCUCGCAAACGCGACGUCCUCUAUGCUGGUGUCAAGGAAGGCAACCAAUGCUGGUGCGGUAGCUUCGUCGGAGGAGAGACGUCUCGAAAUCAGACUGAUUGCAACCUCCCAUGCAGCGGUGACAAGACGCAGAUCUGUGGCGGCAAGGGAUACAUUAAUGUCUUCGCUCCUAUAACCACUAGCCAGCCCAGCUUUCCUACCAUAACGAGUCCCAGUACCACAGCUACAACGGCGAAGAGUUCUUCUACUUUUACGAGUACAACGUCAACUGCUACAAGCACUCUGGGGGCCGUUGUCAACACAGCCACUCCUGACUCUGGAGCUAUUAGAUUUCGUCCCAUGUUUCAAGUAUUUAAUUAG